CUGUGUCCAGGCUCUUGGCUCUCUGGCUGCCAGCUGAGGGAGGAGCAAACAGGCUGAGAGCUCCCUCCUGUGCUCCCCGGGCACUGGGGGAGCAGCUUCGAGGGCCGCCUGUGCUUCUGGCAGCCAGCAGCUCUUUCCUGCUCCAGGCCAGUGGUUCAGAUCCCAUCCCAUGCACAUCUUGGUGCUGAUCCUGCUCCUGUUGGUGCUGCUGGCGUUGGCGGUGGCCUUGGCUGUGCAGUCAGCACCACAGGUUCCAGUUCCACCUGCGACUCCGCUCUUGGUUCUGGGCUGUGCCCCUGGCUGGGUUGGAUACAAUGGAGUGUGCUACUACUUCUCAAGGGAUCAGGGCACCUGGGAGCAGGGUCAGGAGCGGUGCUCUGAGUUUGGGGCCUCCCUGGCCAUUCUGAAGGAUGAGGAAAUGGAUUUGUUCUUCCGCCUCCGCGGGAACGUCGAUUACUGGGUCGGGCUGCGCAGAUGGGGCGAGCACCUGCAGUGGGGGGACGGCAGCAGCUUCAGCUCCUCUGUUCCUGUCCUUGGCAAUUCCGAGUGUGUGUGCCUGGCUGACGAUAAAUUCAGGAGUGAGAGCUGCUGGAAUCAGCAGCCGUAUCUGUGCAGCAAGGCCCGAGCUGCCCUGUAACAGGGGCUGGAGAAAGGAGCUUCUCCACUCUGGGCAGUCCCAGCUUCACCUGUGAGCCCGGCACAGGGCUGUCCUUUCUCAGCUGCACCCUGUGCCUUGCACUUGCUCUCAGGGUCACCUCAGUGCCUGUUCAUCCCCACUGCCAGCGCUGGGCUGGCUGUUCAAAGGAAAAGUCUCUGCAAUCCAUCCUGCCAGCCAUGCUAGCUGGAGUGAGGGGAUUGGCCUCAUUGCACAACAAGCUGGAAUGGGAAAUCCAAAUCACCCUGGGCUCUUGCAAAUUAUCACCAAGUGGCCUGAAGGUGGUGCAACUUUUGGACUGUCCUUGGAAGGGGAAGAAGAACAGAUUAAACAUGCUGAGGAGGAAUCCCACUUUGGGAAUCAGGCACCUGAGGGUGAAGAAUGGUCUGUCUGUUUAUCUGUCUGUGUGUCUGCCUGUCUGUUGCAAAGUAUCUGACUGUUCUGCUCUAGGAGAACUCCCAGGCUGGAUCAGGAUAAGGAUUUGUUUCUAUGAGAGAGAAGCAGUGAUGUGACAUGACUGUAACUCCCAUCCCUCUGUGCACACUAUGGGGAGGUGGGAGGGAGGGAAUCAGGGAUAACGGGAACCCCAGGAAGGAGAGAAGAGUGUGGGGAGGGUGAAUUUUUAGGAUUUGGCGUACUUGUCAUUCCCUUGCUCUGAUUUGCUUGAUAAUAAAUGCAAUUAAUUUAUUGUGCCAGGGCCUGUUAUGCCCAUGAUGGGUGAGAGAUCUGUCACUGCCUUUAUUGAGACCCUCGAGCCUUUCCUGAUGUGUUCUGUUCCCUGCCCAGGGUGAGGAGCAGAGGGACAGAGCGGUUUUGCUGGCACCGGGCACCUGGCCAGGCCCAGCCCACCCCAACCAUCCCUGCCAUAAUUCACUCCUAUUCCACCAUUACCCGGUCCCACGGCGGGUCCAGCUUCACGGGCAGGUGCUCGAGUGGGAGGAGGCAGCUGGUGCCAGGGGGUGAAAUGUCUUUGCUGUGAGCUGGCAGGGAGAGGAGGAGGAGAAAGUGGUGCAAAGUGACGGGAGAGAAAGAGGGACAAGGCUGGAGAGGUGGAAAGGGGUGGGAAUGGGCAUGGGGCAGGCGGGCAUUUUCCUCUCCAGGUCUGUGGGAGGAAAGGAAGAACUGUCAAAUCCAUGCAGGAAAAGAGGGGAGAAAUAGCAGGUGCUGGAUAUGGCCGACAAUUGGGAUUCAUUUCUGUGCCUGCAGUGCCAAGGCCGGCAGAGUCCGAGCCCCGCCGGACGCCGCCCCCGCCAGCGCUGCGCUGUGUCUUGCCCUGCCCUGCCCUGGCUCAGCUGCCGACAGCACCCAGAAGCUGCUGUUCCUCAAUAACUUCUCCGGUGGGGUGAGCUUUUCCUUAGUGUUUCCUUCUAGGAAAGGAGCGACAUCGUCAUCGCUCUACCGCUGAACACCACCUUGCUCCGUGGUCAAAACUCCCAAAAGCCGCUCGGGCCCUCACACUGCUCGUUUGUAGCGGCUCCAUCCGCCAUCUCGGUGAGGGCCGGGCCGGAGCGCUUCUCUGUCCCGGUGCCCUCAGGCCGGGCCGGGCAGUGACGGCCCCCGGAGCUCGGAGCGGCUCCAGCCCAGGGCUGGGACCCGCCAGGACCUGUCAUCGUGUCCCUUCCAAUGGGCCAUCCCGGUGGGUGUGCAGCUGUUCCCGAGGCUGAUCUCCAAAAGGCUUUUUCAGCACUCCUGAAGUGGCUGGAGCAAGGGGCUGUUUGUUCCAAGCACAGAGACUCUGGCUGUGAGCUGGAGCAGAGUGAAUUCUGCUCCAUCCAUGGGCCUGUGAAGGAGCUCCUGCAUCUCCAGGAGGGACCAGCAGCCGGGCUGGCACACUCGCCAGGGGCACAAGAAGCCACUUGUCACAAGCAGGAGGACACCACUUGUGAGCGUGCAGUGAGGGAACAUGUGGAGAGUGGAAUCAGCAGCAGUGAAGGCAGUGUGAGGGAGUCCGUGUGUCCCUGGUGCACAUCAGCAAGCGGCCAUGGACACAGGAGCAUCCUCAGAAGAUUGCCGGGCCAGUGGUUCAGAUCCCAUCCCGUGCACACCUUGGUGCUGAUCCUGCUCCUGUCGCUGCUGCUGGCGCUGGCGGUGGCCUUGGCUGUGCAGUCAGCACCACAGGUUCCAGCUCCACCUGCGACUCCGCUCUUGGUUCUGGGCUGUCCCCAUGGCUGGGUCGGAUACAAUGGAUUCUGCUACCACUUCUCAAGGGAUCAGGGCACCUGGGAUCAGGGUCAGGAGCGGUGCUCCGAGCUCGGGGCCUCCCUGGCCAUUGUGAAGGAUGAGGAAAUGGAUUUGUUCUUCCGCCUCCGCGGGAACGUCGAUUACUGGGUCGGGCUGCGCAGAUGGGGCGAGCACCUGCGGUGGGGGAAUGGCAGCAGCUUCAGCUCCUCGGUUCCUGUCCUUGGCAAUUCCGAGUGUGUGUGCCUGGCUGAUGAUAAAUUCAGGAGUGAGAGCUGCUGGAAUCAGCAGCCGUAUCUGUGCAGCAAGGCCCGAGCUGCCCUGUAACAGGGGCUGGAGAAAGGAGCUUCUCCACGCUGGGCAGUCCCAGCUUCACCUCUGAGCCCAGCACAGGGCUGUCCUUUCUCAGCUGUGCCCUGUGCCUUG